GUAAAAACACGCAGCCAGCUUGUUCACUUCCGUCGCUCGAUAUUCGUCUGAAUGUCCUGCAUUCUGUUUGCUCCCAAACUCCCUCCUUGCGUCAUCCACCGGACCAGAAGUCCGUAGGCACGGUCCUCCGCCUGCCCCUCUGUCCGUCCAGGCUCAAUCGCACGGCUCGUGUUUGACCUCGCCCCGGCGCAUAUCCCUUGCCUCUCUUGACCCAGCUCGCAGUCAUUCGAUUCAGGGGGAAAGUCGAAAAAGCGGAGAAGCAGAGUCGCGGAGGCGCGGAGAAGCAACCAGGCGGAAAGAGCCCACGAGAGAAGGCGGAAGGCGAGAAAUAGCCAGAGCCAGGCGGAAAAGGCGGAGAGAGAGAACGAGGGGUUUGCGGCGGGCGGGCGGGAGGCGGGCGGCAUGGCGUCGUUCACGGGGACGCAGAGCAAGUGCAAGGUGUGCGCCAAGACGGUGUACCCCAUGGAGCAGCUCACGGCCAACGGCAUCAUCUUCCACAAGGCCUGCUUCAGAUGCGCGCACUGCAAGGGCACCAUUACGCUGAACUCGUUUUCGGCGAUCGAGGGCGUGCCGUACUGCAAGCCGCACUACGAGCAGCUGUUCAAGCAGACAGGGUCGUACUCGCGCAGCUUCGACGGCGCCAUCAAAGCCGAGAAGGACGCCACGCCGCCGCCCGAGAGCCUCACACCCUCGGCAGUCGUCAAGUCAGCAGAGAAGCGGUCCACGCCCAGCCCUUUGGCGCUCAAGUUCGGCGGCACGCAGGACAAGUGCAAGGUCUGCAGCAAGACCGUGUACCCGCUCGAAAAGAUCAGCGUGGAGGGCGUGACGUACCACAAGCAGUGCUUCCGGUGCGUGCACAGCAACUGCAGCCUGACCACGUCCAACUACGCGGCGCUGAACGGCAGCCUGUACUGCAAGCACCACUACAACCAGCUCUUCCUCGUCAAGGGCACCUACAGCAACAUCAACAAAAAUGCUGCCGUCGCCGCUGCCACCGCUGUCACUCCAGAGGAGGGGGCGGCUGCUGCAGCUGCUGAUGGUGGCGGUGGCGGUGGCGGUGGUGGUGAUAGAGCAACUGCAGUGGUAGCAGCAGCAACGGCAGCGAAAGAUGAGAAACCAGCGGCAGCAGCACCGGCAGCAGCAGCGACAACUGCUGCGGCUUCUCCUGCGCCCGCAACGAAGGCCCCUGCGCCUGCUGCUGCUGCUGCUGAUAGUGACAGUGAUGACGACACUGACACCGACACCGAUAGCGACGACGACGACAGUGAUUGAAUGCCGAGGACAGAGGUUGAAGGCCACAUAGGGGCCAACGAUGGGGUUCAGUGAGCAGGCGAAGUUGCGAAUGGUGGAGGUUCACUUGGGCGCCUUAGUGGUGUCGAUUGGUUUGUCUUGUACCACGCAGGCAUAAGAUAGAGGCAUGUGGUAUAUUAGAGGCGUAACUUCUUGCUUUCUUGUAGAGGCUAGCAUGCUGGUCCUAAAUUUUGGGGGCCGUUACCCCCACGUAUAGGGUAGUUGAGAUCAGAUGCCAUCAAGGUGGUUCGUCUCCCGUAUCAGAAUUGGUAUUAACUCUUUUUUUAAAGCUUUUCAACGA